AUGAUUCUGGAGUUGACUUUCAUCGCCGCUUAUUUGGCUGUUUGUUACUACAUUGACCAAGAAGUAAGUUUCAUUUUUAAAAUAAAAGAAGCAACUCAUUCGUUCAAAUAGUGGGACCUAUUCGCGAGAAGACCUAUAUUCCGAGGGACCUAUUCGUUUGAGGGGACCUAUUCGCGAGGGGACCUAUUCGCAAAAGGACCUAUAUUCCGGGGGACCUAUUCGUUUGAGGAGACCUAUUCACAAAAGGACCUAUUCGCGAGGGGACCUAUUCGCAAGAGGACCUAUUCUUUUGAGAAAACCUAUUACGAAAAAUAGCUAUAAAAUGAAUUUUAAAAAAUAUUUUAGCGUCAACGCUUUGGCAAGUCUCGAGUGCCAUAUUUGUGUAGACUUUUCGACCAGUUCAAGGCCCAAACACCGUCAGUCGAGAAUCUGGAGAAUUCGACCGGUGAAACCGUGCCAAUAACUCAGAAGUCAGGUAGUAGAAGAUCAGCUCGUCGUAAGUCACCAAUGAUGGGCACGAUCAGCGAGAUCAUGGGAGAAGAUGCAACUCAGAAGUCAAAAUCUGAUGGUGCUAACACCCCUAGUCGAAAUACUCAACAAAAGGGUUGA